GCCGGCGCGUGCGCACUGGUCUCUCCGCAGCCGGUGGACCAUGGAGGCUCCGAGGCCCUUGAACCCCGAGGGGUUCGCCCAAUCGCUCCCCGGGACGCGAGGGGGCGUUUUGAAGCUGUGGCUCUGUGAGCUCUGGCUACUACUGCUGGGUUCCGGCUUGAACGCGGAUUUUCUGCCCGACGAAGAGGACGUAAGCUUUAUCAAUGAGUACGUGAACCUCCACAACGAGCUCCGCGGCAACGUCAUCCCCCGGGGGGCUAACUUGCGCUUCAUGACUUGGGAUGUAGCUUUGUCACGGACUGCUAGAGCAUGGGGGAAAAAAUGUGUGUAUGAGCAUAAUACUCAUUUAGAAGAACUAAAAAUGGCCCAUCCUAAAUUUAAUGGUAUUGGUGAAAAUAUGUGGGUCGGCCCUGAAAAUGAAUUUACUGCAAGUAUUGCUAUCAGAAGUUGGUAUGCAGAGAGGAAAAAGUACCAUUUUGAAAAUGACAGUUGCUCUGAUGACUGUUCUCAUUAUAUACAGCUUGUUUGGGACAAAUCUUACAAAGUUGGUUGUGCUGUUACUCCAUGUUCAAGAAUUGGACGUAUUAAACAUGCAGCAAUUUUCAUAUGCAACUAUGCACCAGGAGGAACUCUGACGAGAAGGCCUUAUAAACGAGGAAUAAUUUGUAGUCAAUGUAGCAGAUAUGACAGAUGCACAGAUUUUCUAUGCAGUAAUGCAGAUCGUGACCAAGCCAUAUAUUACCAAUUUUGGUAUCCAAGAUGGGAAGUGCCCCGGCCAAUUGUGUGUGAUCCACUGUGCCUAUUUAUUUUCUUUCUGAGAAUGCUAUGUUUUUCACUAUGUGCCACAGUUGUCUUGAUAAUACAGUCUCAGUUUCCAAAUAUAUUACUGGAAGAACAGAUGUUAUUUACCCCUGAGGUGUCUGAAGUAGAGCCAGAAAAGGAGGAGGAAAACGAAGAGGAGGAGGAAGAGGACAGGGAAAGGGAUGAGGAGAAAGGGGACAGGGAAGGGGAGGAGGAGGAAGAGAAGGAAGAAAAAGAAGAGGAAGAGGAGCAGUAA